GUGAGCAGCAGCAGAGGACCGACCCGCUGCAGUUGUGUGAGGGCGCCGCUGGGUGAGUCCCUCUCUGCGCUGCUUCUGUCUCCACAGCUCCCUUUUCCCAAAGAAAAGAAGAGGAGAACUAGGUCCGGGGAGGAGGGCCGCCGCCAUUAUCGGAAAGCUGGCAGAAAUACCACUUUCGCACACGCAGUCUGCUCACAAAUCGAUCCGGACAUGAACAAUUCCUGUUGCAGUGGAAACACAUUUCAGACGACACCACCACGGCGAUUGCAACGAACCCAACGUUGUCUCGUGUGCGCGACCGGCCCAGCUUUAUGUGGGCACAACAAUGGACAGAAUAAUUAUUGAAAAAGCAACGUGGUGAACCGAGAAGCAGACGGGCUAAGCAUUUUUUUUUUUUUUUUUUUAAUACGCCUUAAAUUCUCAUGAGGGGAAAAAAAAAACCCUUGCAAGAACAAAAUUGGAUUGUUCUAUCAUUUGGGAUAUUUAUUUCUUCCUCGCCCCGUGUUUAAUUGCAACGAAAACAGUGAUGCUAAACAAGAUAAUCCAGGCAUGGUUAAUGGGUAUUUAAAUGAAAUAACCCCGUGGCACAAGUUGUAGUAUUAUCAGUAUUAUCAGUGAAUUAAGACGUGCCAUAGUGUAUUCUGCGGCUCUAUGCUUAUGCACAUCAGGCGGCGAGGGCUGCGGCAAGCGCUGGCCUGACAGAUGCAGGAGGAGAAAGGGAGAAAUGCGAUGGAUCUGAUUCAUAUAAGGAGUGAAUGAAAGAACCCUCUGCUCAUAUCACUGCACUUCUUAAAACCAAAGCCCAGCAGAAGAAAGUGAAAUCUGAUCUCCUCUGAGGAUCAGCAACUUUAUGGACAAACGGUCAAAUAAACUCCUUUUACACAGUGCCUGUUUAUGGCAGGAUGAGCGUUAGUAGGCCAUGAUGGCGAAAAAGCAAGAUGCCCGGCCGCCCAUAUACAACCUCAUUGUAGUGGGUUUGUCAGGAACAGAGAAAGAGAAGGGCCAAUGUGGGGUUGGCAAGUCCUGCUUGUGUAAUCGGUAUGUGCGGCCUAGUGCCGAUGACUUCUACCUGGACCACACAUCAGUGUUGAGCACCAGUGACUUUGGGGGUCGGGUGGUUAAUAAUGAUCACUUUCUGUUCUGGGGGGAGGUGUCCCGGCUGCUGGAGGAGGGCCCUGAGUGCAGGAUGCACGUUGUGGAGCAAACUGAGUUCAUUGAUGACCAGACAUUUCAGCCACACCGUAGCACUGCUAUGCAGCCCUAUAUCAAACGGGCCGCGGGAACCAAGCUGGCCUCAGCAGAGAAGCUCAUGUACUUCUGUACCGAUCAGCUGGGCUUGGAGCAAGACUUUGAGCAAAAACAAAUGCCUGAGGGCAAGCUGCAGGUCGAUGGCUUCCUGCUUUGUGUUGAUGUCAGCCGGGGCAUGAACCGCAACUUUGAUGACCAGCUGAAAUUUGUCACAAACCUGUAUGGUCAGCUCAGCAAGACUAAGAAGCCCAUCGUGCUGGUCCUCACCAAAUGUGAUGAAGGGGUUGAACGCUACAUCAAAGAUGCACAUACCUUCGGCAUCACAAAAAAGAGUCUACCAGUUGUGGAGACAUCUGCACGCUCAAAUAUAAAUGUGGACCUUGCCUUCCUCACUUUAGUUCAACUCAUUGAUAAGAGCAGGGGCAAGCCCAAGAUCAUACCUUACUUUGAAGCCCUGAAGCUCCAGAGUCAGCAGAUAGCUUCUGCCAAGGAUCGCUAUGAAUGGCUAAUUAACCGCAUAGUCAAGAAUCAUAAUGAAACCUGGUUAAACACCAGUCGACGCAUGAACACCUCCCCAGAGUACAAAGAAUAUGUCUUCUUGGAGGGGACGGCUAAAUGCAAGAAGCUUUUUCAACAGCAUGUCUACCGUCUGAAGCAGGAGCACAUUGAGAGGCGUCGCAGAAUAUACUUGAGCACUCUGCCUUUAGCACUUAGUUCUUUGGUGCCUGACCUGGAUGAGAUAGAUCAGCUGAGCUGGUCGGGGGUACAGAAGGUCCUCGAGUCCAAGCAGCACUUUGCCCACUGGUUUGUGGUCCUGGAGGACUCGCCAUGGGAGGAUACAUCUCAUAUUGAUAACAUGGAAGAUGAGCGAAUCCCUUCAGACCUACUGGAGACUGCUGAAGCAGAGGACAUCUUUAACGCCCACCUGGAACAUCUGCGUAACGAGUGCAGACGGGCAGAGAUGAGGCUAGAGUUUAAACACAAGUUGGCUUCCUCUCCCUUUGUCACGCCCGGUAGACCUUGGGAGGAGGCCCGCAGCUUUAUCAUGAAUGAAGAGUUCUACCAGUGGCUCGAAGAGACUGAGUACUUGGACCUGUACAACCGCCAUCAGAAGGAGAUCAUUGACCGCGCUAAAGAAGACUUUCAGGAGCUCUUACUGGAGUACUCUGAGCUUUUUUAUGAGCUUGAGGUGGAUGCCAAGCCAAGCAAGGAGAAGAUGGGGGCUAUCCAGGAGGUUUUGGGGGAGGAACAGCGGUUUAAGGCGCCAAAGCUUCCAGCUGAAAGAGAUGCUCUGGUAUUGAAGCAUAUCCACUUUGUCUAUCACCCCACCAAGGAGACCUGCCCGAACAGUCCUAAUUGCGUAGACUCCAAGAUUGAACAAAUGUUAGUCUCACGUUUCCCCACAUCCUACCCCUUUUUUGACGUGAAGGCUCAUUUUGGGGACACCAAGGCUGACAGAAUAAACCUUGUCAUACUAGGGAAGGAUGGACUGGCCAGAGAAUUUGCCAAUGAAAUUAGAGCUCUCUGCACAAACGACGACUGGUACGUGCUGGACGGGAAGAUGUACGAAUUGACGCUGCGGCCGAUCGAGGGAAAUGUGCGUCUUCCAGUGAACUCCUUCCACACCCCCACUUUUAUCCCUCACGGAUGUCUGUGUCUGUAUAACUCAAAAGAGUCCCUCUCCUAUGUGAUUGAAAGCCUCGAGCGACUUCGGGAAUCAACCCUAGCUCGAAGGGAUAGCCAGCUAGCACAGCUGCCAACAUCCCUGCUUUUAGUCACCAAAAGAGGCGUAGGAUCAUAUGUGGAUAUAGGUGGAGAAACUGCCUUAAACCUAAUAACCCAGGGACAGCAGGUUGCAAAAAGGCUGCAGUGUAGCUUUUUAGACCCUGCCACUCCUGGUGUGGGCUACGGCCAUAAUGUCAAUGAGACUCAAAUCAACCAGGUGCUGAGGGGCCUUCUGGAUAUUAGGAGGAGCACAUCGUUUAGUAGCAGCUCCCCUCCCCUCCUCCCUGAGCCUCCAGGUCUCCGAGACUCUCCUCAUCAGCCCGCUCCGGAGGCUGACAUCCGCAUCGUCAUGUGCUUAAUGUGUGGGGAUUCCUACGACAUUGAGCAGCUCCUGUCCCCUUUCCUAAUGCAUCAGCACUGCAGGCCCAUGUCCAAUAGUGGCACCUCUGUAUUGCUGGAGCAGACGAUCGGAGGACACAAGCUGGCCAUAGAGCUCUCUCUGCUCUCGUACCACGCCUCCUUCACUUUGCGGAAGAGCAGGUUAGUACACGGCUACAUCGCUGUGUACUCGGUCUCCCGAAAAGCCUCCCUGGAGACCCUGUGUGCAUUCUUGUGUGAGGUACAGGACAUCAUCCCAGUUCAGCUGUUGGCAGUGGGAGAUAGCCAGGCAGAGCUCACAGACAGCGACUACGCCUGUGAACAGCUGAUCCAAGGGGAGGAGCUGGCCCAUGAGAUCGAGGGUCGUUUCAAUAGUGUGGUUUGCGGAUCCGGGGGAGUGGUGGGAGGCCUGCACCGGAUAGAAAUGUUCCAUUCUUUUCUGAUGGAGGUGAUAGAGAAACGCAACAUCGUGGAGGCCACACACAUGUACGAUAAUGUUGCCGAAGCGUGCACCAGUGAAAUCGUGUACUCCCCACGCUGCAGUUCUCCUAGUCCCGUCACCAUGUACCUGGAUUCAGAGGAUGACGUAGAGCCGUCGCCACCGUACUAUGAUGGCACACUCACUUCUCAUGGUGGGGGCUUCAACCUGCCCGACUUAGAUUCCAGCGACAUCUCUGUCAUCUCUGAUAUCAGAGACUUUGAGAAUAAACUCAACAACAAAGUGCCCCAAGUGAGAGUUAAACAGGGUGUCACUUUCGACUUCAGGAAGGUGAGCCGUAACCCGUACAUGGACACACUGGGUCACCGUCGCUCCCUACCCUCUGCUGUUACCUGGGUUCCCGGUGGUGAUGUGGGCUACGAUCCCUCAGACUACGCCGAACCCAUCGACGCAGUUUCAAAACCUCGCCCCAGCAACGAGGAGAUUAUCUACUCGGUGCCGCACGACAGCACACAAGGCAAAAUCAUCACCAUCCGCAACUCCAACAGGAUGCACUCCAAUGGGAAUGGCUCGGACAGCGAGGCGGACAGCAGCUCUCUGGAGCGAAGGAGGAAGUUCUCGGCGGCGGGGGUGAAGCCUCGUCUUUACCGAGAUCGCUCCAAGCGGCUCGGCAAGUUCAGCAGCUUCCGCACGAGCUUCAUAGGCAGCGAUGACGAGAUGGGGGCGCUCCACAAGUCCAAGGAGGAUGACUUCGGGACCCUGAAAGGCGAAAGUCUUGUUAUUGAGGAGAGUGAGGACCAAAAAAGGAACAUUCUAAAGAGCCUGCGACGAACAGCCAAGAAAACAAGAUCAAAGCCCCGUCCAGCCAUUCCCAAGCCCCCGGAGAGCAGUUACUUUGGGGUCCCCCUAGUGAAUGUGGUAUCCCCAGACAGACCCAUCCCACUCUUCAUCGACAAGUGUGUCCGCUUCAUCGAGACCACAGGCCUGAAUACAGAGGGGUUGUACCGAGUAAGCGGCAACAAGUCAGAGAUGGAAAGCAUGCAGAGGCAGUUUGAACAGGACCACGGAUUAGACCUAGUAGAGAAAGACUUCUCCAUAAACACUGUGGCUGGAGGCCUCAAAAGCUUCUUCUCUGAACUGCCUGAGCCCCUGGUGCCUUGUGCUCUGCAGGUGGACCUGUUGGAUGCUUUCAAAAUGAUUGACCGAGAACAGCGGCUAUAUACCAUGAAGGACGUCCUAAGGAGGUUCCCCAGGGAGAAUUAUGAGGUCUUCAAAUUUGUAGUGAGCCACUUACACAAGGUGAGCUCGCUGAACAGGCUGAACUUGAUGACCAGUGAGAACUUGUCCAUCUGCUUCUGGCCCACCCUCAUGAGGCCGGACUUCACCACCAUGGACGCCCUGACCGCCACGCGCACCUACCAGACAAUCAUCGAGAGCUUCAUCCACCAGUGUGCGUUCUUCUUCUACAACCAGCCCCUCCUCGACUCCCCCACCGGCCUGGCCGGCCUCCCCGCCUCGCCCACCACCACCCUGAGCGGGAGCUCCGCCUACUCCUGUUACCGCUCCUCCCCGCCCCAUACAGGCGCGCACUUCAGCCCCCUGCAGCAGUCCCCGCCCACCACCCCCCAGUCCCCCCUUCAGUCUCUGCUCCCUCCCCUCCACCAGCACCCCCACUCCCACCACUCCCCUGCCGAACAAGAGACACUGUGAGGGACGGGGAAACCGCGUGUGCCCAUGACGAUGCUGGACCUUACCACCAACACCCACACACACACACACAAACACACACACACACACACACACACACACACACACACACACACACACACACACACACACACACACACACACACACACACACACACAAAAAAAACCUGUGCACUUGCACACUACGUCUUUGAUCAUGGACAACCUAGGUUAUGAAGAGAGGCGAUAGGAAGUGAAUGAGAGACUUCCCUUACCUGCCAUUUUUAUCCACACUUAUGUGCAUCAGCCUCCCAUUAUCAGUGACUCUUCCUCUGCCCUCUGAGCCCCUCAUCACCUGGAGUUUUAGGGUUUCAGGUCAGAAGAGGAGGACAGAGGUCGCUGUCACAGCAAGCAUCUCUCCUGUCAACAGCCACCUACACUACCAAGAAAUAGAAACCUCUAUGCCAAGCUGGAAGAAUUGAUUUGUGGCCACCAUGUUUUUAUCUGUGUAAAACUGUUUUUUUUUUGUUUCUCAUGAAAGUACUGCCACUGGAUUUUUAGACUGUUCCUCUGUAGGUCCUUUGGGCAGCAGUUUGCUCCACAUAGCAGAGGUUCCUCUGUCUGCCUUUGGGGUUUCUCUCAUCGGCUCUACUUGAGCGGUCAGCAUGGGGAGGGAAGGGAGGGGGAGGGUUACACAUCCAGGGAUGCACUUUAAUGAUCACUGUUAUUUUUCCCUCAAAAGGGUUUUUUUUUUUUUUUUGUUGACAAACUGUUUUCUUGUGUGUUUUUAAUUUCACAGCUCAAACAGCCAUACCCAUUGCCUUUACAGAGCUCUGGCAGAUCAAACUUUGUUUACAUCCAACUUGUUUUUGUAUCCACAAACUUAUCUGAAGCACUUUUUGAUAGUGUAGUGUUACAUUUUGAAGAAAUGCCACAUCGAUUAAUUGUCCAUAUUGUUUGUUCAGUGGCUGAAUGUGGCAUCAAGCUUGUGAAACAAGAUCCUUUUUGUAAAAACUUGCGUUCUUUAAGUUGAUCAGACGUACCAUUUGAGGUUGAUGGGGAGUCUGAAUCUGCUCAUAUUCCUCAUUCAUUCAGCCAUGUGCAAAAAUUGUUUUCUUUUCAAGCUUGUCCUCUCUCUAGCUGUCGGUUGAUCAGAGUGGAUGUUUAGGGGAAGUUUGGUUUGAUUAGUCCAAUAUGAUAUCAGAGAAAACUUUGCUUGCCAUCAGUCAAGUGAAGGAGAACCUUUUGAAUGUGUAACGUAAUCGUACCAUCGGGUCUAUUGAAACCAAAUCCUUGGAACGUGAUAGUUUGCUGGAUGUGUUGCCGCGGCUGUCUAUCAAAGCAGGCUCUUUGUCUUCAUCUAAUAUUAAGGACCUUUAACUCAGAAGGUUUAGUGUUUUCAGCGCACUGUUACUGCUAGUCCUGCUUUACAAUACAAUGAGAAGUAAAAUAUUUGUGGUUAGGACACAUUCAGAGGCCGUUGAUCUGCUCUAGUGAGUUAGCUUAGUGCUGGUCCUCCCUUUUCAUUGAAAACAAUCAGCUGAUUUUCAGUUGUAGCACUGUUGAUGAAGACCUGAUCAUUUUACCCAUUAAACUGAUGAGGGAGGAAUGUCUCUUCAACAGGGACAAGUAAAUAUGGACCACCAGAGAUUGAAGUUCUGGAUGAUUGAAGCUCUGUUCUGGUUAAUUAAUCUUUGGUUGUUGUAGUAUUUGGGAUCAUCACCUUCUGGUACUUUUGGAAUCGCAAUGCUGCUGGAAGUCAUUUUAUGUGUUCGUCAGAUUGAACUGAGGGCUUCUUUCAAACUGCUCAGAGCUGCAAGCUGUAACAUAAAAAGAUCGGCACAGAAACAACCAAGCAACUGUCCCACUAUAACACAGUUCCCGGGAGUAUAUAAUCUUACCACGUCACUUAACUUCUGGCACAACUUUGGCAAAUCUACCGUUCAAUGAGGAAAAAGUGAGUGCAUACUACUCUAUAAUGGCUGUUUAUUUGUAUGUUGGGGAACACCACCCGUUAGUCAAUGGUAGAAAACAUUUCUAGUGUGUAUUUCAAUGAUUGAGAAAGUCCAUUUUUACAAUUUUUGUGAAUGGUUCAAGGCCACUUAAGUUUAGUGCAUGAUUUAAAAAAAAUAAAAAAAUAAAACACACCAAGGGAGAAGGAUGAAAGCCUCUCCCUGUUUUAAGACAUGAAAUUAGUACGUGAACAAAACAAAUACUAAAGUGAAAUAGCUGAAACGUGAACGUUUAUGUACUGUGCACCAAGAGCGAACCAUGGAAUUUAUCUGACUGAGAAUAGUGUUUGAAGAUGAAGGCCUUAUGUGAACUGUAUAAUAGUUAAUAAAUUAAAUUGU